AUGUACUAUCAACUUUUUCUUUGCACAGUUGCAAUUUUUGGAAGUAUAUCCACAUCGCACUCAGAUCCUCUAAACCAAAGGGCAAAAGAAGAACAAGCUCUACCAAGAGAUACCUCUAUAUCAGCAUCAGACGAUUAUGAUCACUUGGAACUGCUGAAACUAACAGAAUUCCGCCAAAGACACAGAAAAACUAUAAAUGGAGCUCUCUGUGCUGCAGCUUUCAUCAGAAAUGGUAAUAAAUUCACCGAUUGUACCGUAACAGAAGCUCCGGAUGGAUCUGUCGGAAGGGAAUGGUGUUAUGUAGAAGUUCAAUUAAUAGGAACAGGGGCUAGGGACUGGGAUUUUUGCGCUGGAGUCGUUGAUUAUGACGUACUGAGAGAUAAGGCAGAAUCCUUGUCCCGAUUAAGAGCUAUGGAGUUGGAAUAUGCUGUAAGGAGUUUGGCGACUGAGGAAAAGCGCUUAGACGGAACGGUGUCAAAAUUCGAUGAAGUCUGUGGAAACGAAGGAUCAAAUCUGAGUCCAGAAAUCUCUCGUAUAGAGAUAGCUAUAAGAGGUAUAGAAAGAGCUGUAGAUCAGCUAAAGGUUAACAGUGCUUCGUUGGGAACACUGGCAAACCAUUUACACACUUUGGAAGAUGAAGUUGCUGCCUCCAGAAAGAGCGCUAUAAACAAUAGGAAGAACUGUUCAAUAAUUCGCGGCUAUGAUGAAUAUGAUAAAGAACCAGAUGGUUUAAGGGCAAGUUAUUAUGAUAAUCCUUAUUUCCGUGGAUAUCCUCAAGGUUUUAUGGAUCACCCUAAUAUAAAUAUUAUUUGGGAAGACUUUGUUCCUAUUUCUGGAAUACCACAUGAAUCCUUUUCAGUUCGUAUAGAGGGAUAUUUGAGGAUACCUACAACUGAUGUCUACACAUUUUAUUUGAAAAGUGACUGUAAUAUACGAUUUUUUAUGGACGAUGAAGUCAUAAUGUCUCAAGGGUUGGAUCCAAACUCUGAUGGAGCUUUGGGGCCUAUUGUUACACUUCCUCUUGAUGGAAGGAAAACCACGAAUGUAUUUUUAAAAUCUAACCCUGUUCACUUAACUGGUGGUAAAAGAUACCCUAUAAUUUUGGAGUAUUCACAUCAGAAAGUUUUGAAGUAUUUUAACUCUGAUAUCGCAAAGAUUAUCUUAAGUUGGUCAUCCGUAAAUAGAGAUGAAGAGGUUAUUCCACCAGAAUGCUUUUUUAAAGGAUCUGGCCAAAGCAAUUCCGUUACAGUUAGUGGUCUAAAAGGGGAAUAUUAUACACUAGCUAUAUUGGAGAAUGGUGCCCAGGCAUUUCAUGGUACACCUUACUUUUUAAUAGCAGAUGUGCCAACCAAACUAGUUGGUACUCGUAUGAUCAGAAUGCCAACAAAACCACCAGAACCUACAAUUUCAUGUUUUAUCUCAAACGAUGCAUUCUUUUAUGUAGCGAUCCCAACCAAUAGUCCAUAUAUCCCUACUACAGAGGAUGGAACUCCCUUUGAAAAAACUAGUGAUCUAAUAUCUGUGUAUGGAGUUGGAAAUUAUUGUACUACUGCAACAACACAAAAUGAAUUCACACUCUAUCUAAAACGUUACAACAAGGGAAAUGUAACCAUUAACAUUCCUUAUAUCACCUCAGCUAUAGUGUUUAUAACUCCUUCCAUUGUUAACGGUAUUUGCAGAGGAGACAUUUCUGUGCUGCGUUUCAAACCUACUGACAAAUGUGUAGCAUCUUCAUACAAUAGUGAUUCUAAUACAUGUGAGAAUGGAUUUGGAAAUGGAACUGAAGAUGAGGAUGCCAAUGGGUGGAUAACUAAAAACGGGAACACAACCGGAGAAUUUAUAACUAGGUGGUUUGAAGAAAUGAUCGAACUAAGGUACUUCCAUUUCAAACCAAAAGGUGCCUUGAAAGCUACAACGGUUACAUUCACUUUUCCCGAUGGUUCCAGUGAAGACUUUGAUUUAAGUGACCAACUACGCUACGAAUUCGGUACAUACAGGAUGGUAGAUCAGUUGCGUAUUGAAAUUAAAAAUGUAGAAGAGAUUGAAGAAGCUGAAAGUACCACGGGUGGGAUCUUUACAUUGUUUGGUAUAGAGUGUAAGGAUUUGUAUUCUAAUACCACAGAUCAGCCAUCUUCUAUUGACAUUUCCUUCUGUGCAGAUGGAACGUGUAAUAAUGGAUCUAAUGUCUCGAUUGUUGAUUCAGGAGCAACUCAGAGCGUACAUCAUGGUUUAUAUUACGGAUGGGAUAAAAGAGCAAAAUCAGAUCAGUGCUCGUAUAAUACUGAUGUUACGGCAGAAAAGGUGCUGCAAAAUAUGAAUGGACUCUUGUUAUAUGAUAAUAAAUGGUCCGUUGAUGCUCCUUCCCAUGGAAAAUAUAGAAUUAAAAUUACAGUUGCAAACCUGUGUAAUGAUAGUCCUAACACAACCCUCACGAUAAAUGGGUACAGCGUUCUAUCGGGAGAAAGACUAGAUCGUGGCCAAACGCUAACGGUAGGUCUCUAUAUACCAUGA